AAAGGGGGUUGGCUUUUUGCCCCCUAACAAGUAUAUUCCUAAAGUGGAUCUUGAUGUUAGACUUCUGUGUUGUGAGGCAAGGGAAUUCCGAACCACUCUACUUGGGAAAAGUUGGAAGAGGAGGGAAAAUUCUGAGGUUGAUGGUGCCCUUUCAUAUCACAGAGGAAGAUCACACUUUGCACGCUACUCCAUAUGUAGGAAACUCCCUGUGGGUGGGAGUCUAGUCCAAGCAAGGAUUCAAGGAAGUGUGUUGGGCUGGUAUUGGUUAAUUCUGGAUUUCAAGAGAGAUGGUUUAUUUUUCUUUUGUAUGAAGAAUAACAUUCAAAGUAGCAUUCCCCGCUGCACUACGAAGCAGGCUCCCUCAAUUUGGACCUUGAUUCUCAUCAGCCCAGGUGGCCUGGACAAGGGUCAGGAAUGAUGGGAUCUGUAGUCCAAAACACCUGGUGCAUACGAGGUUCAGAAAGGCUGUUCUGAAGUUUCACACUUCCCAGCACCAUCAUCUUUCAGUGAGAUGUACUGCUGUUAGCCAAUGAUAUGGAAAGCAGGUCUUCUGGAGUUUAAAUGCCACACCAAAGUGGUCCUUGGCUGUGCUGUAACAUGAAGUGCACCUGCUUACUGUACAGGUAGCCUCCGGCCAGAUUCCUUCUAGGUGUGUUGGCACUGCAGGUCCUAUGAUUCACCAACAAGCGUGUGCAGGGCAUCACAGGUCUCUUUCGCUGAGAGCCAGCAGCCACGUAGUGCCACCAAAUGGACUCAUUAAGGAAUGGUUCCUCCUUCCAGUUGAAGAGCUGUGUGGCAGGUUUAAAAUAAGACACCCUCACAGAACAGACUGAUUUUUUUCAGCAGCUUUUCAGAGUUCUCCCAGCUGGCCACCAUGCAUAAUGUUGUGGCUGGACUCAUGUUUGGAGCUGCCAGGACAGACCAUGCCUGGCCAGAUCGGUGACCACUGGCUUCCAGAUAGGUUCUUGGCUCAGUUCAAGAUGUUGUGGUUGGCCUUUAGAGUGCUGAAUGCCCAGGUUCUCCUGCCAUACAGUUCUGCUCAUAAUCUCAAGCCAGUUCCUUCUCGUCCUUUUGCCAGAAGAAAUGCAAUUGUUUGGAAAAUUGAAGAGGCCUGUUUCAGUGGUGGGAUAGACUUGCAAAAAAACCUUUGUUUUGCUCCUUUUUGCUGUCUUUGAAAUAGGCCACAUGCAUGUUUAGUCAGAAAAAAUCCUACAACUCCCAACAUCCUCCAGCUAGCCAGACUUCUUUCUCUCUGUGGAUGCACAGGAUUGUUCCAAGGACAGUCUUAUUCUGAUGGGCAUUUUUAAGGCACCUACCUUUUUGAUGCAGUUUUAGUCCCAGUUGCUAUGGAGAAGAUCAAAGAGCAAUUUUCCAAUCUCCACAUAGCAAAACGGUGCACGUUAGCAGAAGACCCAACUUACUUCCUGGACAUAGAUAUUUCAAGGGGAAAAAAGAGUCAUUUAGUAGCUGUUUCCUGUUCCAGCAAAUCAGUUGGUGUUUACAAUAGAGAGACAUUAAGCUUACUGCGAGAAUAUAACAGCCAUCCUGGAUUGCUCCAUGGUGUCAGAUUUGCACAUGUGUGUGAAGGUGCCUUGUUUUCAGCCUGCAGUGAUGGAACGGUGAAAUGUUGGGAUACCCGAGUAGCUACGGUAGAGCCAGUACAGUUGUUUUGUGGCUCUCCUUCAGAUGUCUUCAUCAGCUUCGAUAUAAGCUGCAAUGACCUUAUCCUAUGUGCUGGCACAGAGAAAGUGGAUGAGGACACCUUCAUUGCAUUCUGGGAUGCCAGAGGAUGCACAAGCAGCCCCUCUUCCAGCAAAGGGCCCCUGGGCGUCUAUUCAGAGUCCCACAAUGAUGAUAUUACUAAAAUAUGUUUUCAUCCCACCAAACCAAACUGGGUACUUUCAGGGUCCACUGAUGGAUUGGUGAACGUGUUUGAUAUCAACCAGGACAACGAAGAGGAUGCUUUGUUUUCAACCUGUAACUCUAAUUCAUCAGUAAGUUUUGUUGGAUGGGCAGGAAAGGACUGUCAGCAGGUCUACUGCAUGACGCAUGAUGAAGGAUUCUGUUGGUGGGAUCUCACCCGGCUGGAGACCGCAGAGCCAAUCACAUUGUUGCAUAUUCCAGAUGCCAGAGAAGCAGUCAAUGCAGGAAAUGCCAAGCUGGACUACUUAAUUGGUGGUUUGUAUCAUGAAAAGUUGGGGAAAUUGUCUGUUGUUGGAGGGAUGUCAACAGGCAGCCUGUAUUUCAUGGAUUGUUGUGCUGAUGGCCUGAACUGUGUGGGAACCCUUCAAGGAGGACACUCGGCCACUGUGCGCUCUUUCUGCUGGAACAUGGAGGAUGGUUCUUUGUUGACUGGUGGAGAGGAUGCACAGUUGUUGCUAUGGAAACCUGGAGCUGUGGAUAAAAUCUUUGGGAAGAAGACUUCUUUGAAGGCCACUUCUUCUCUUCAUCAGCGAGUGAGAGUCCGCCAAAACUAUUUCAAGAGCAAGAAAAAAUGAUGUUUUGUUAAGUCGGGACAAGAGCUAUCUAAUUUGUUGCAAGCCUCUUUCUUCAAUCUGCAUGGCCAUGGUGGCUAGGGAUGAUAAGAGGUGGAGUCCAACACCUCUGGGGGAUGACUGGGUUGAGGAAUGUUCUAGUGGAAAAACUGGGCUAGUGUGUUGUGGUAAGGACAACAGAAUCCUGUAGCACCUGACAUGAGCUUUGACGGACUAGAGUCUACUUUGUCAAGUAUACAUUUCCACAGUAAAUUAGUGUUUCCACUUUUAAGGGCUGCCCUUUUAAAAAGCUGAACUGCUACUUGCCAUGCUAGAUCAUUUGGAGGUAUGUGAUUUACAAUUUAUCAUUUGGGGGUAUGUGCAUCAUGAGCAAGUAGGAGUCUCUCCUAUCAAAGAGUAGGAGAGAUUUACCAAAGAAAAAAAUUAUCUUUUUUUUCUUGUGACUGCCUCACUUUAAAUGUUGUUCUUAUUUAUACAGCCUAAAUUUUAUGUUUUACAAAAAGAAAGGGGUGUGUGUAUGUCAAAAGAAGAGCCUGUAGAAGAAAGUAAAAGGGAAAAAACCCUGACCUACAAUAAUGGUGUCACAAUAAUGCCUCAAAAUAAUAAAACAAGUGCUCUUCCCUUCUUCCAUCCCCUUCAUUUUGUGGAAUUUGAUGCCUCAUUUGGUUUGUAAUGAAUGUCUUGGAUUCUGUAGGAUGUUAAGAACACAAUAGUGAAAUAUCCCUCUGUUUGGGAAAAAUAAAAAAGAGUAAAUUAAAA